CAUGCGCACAUGGGAGAUCAGCUGUUGGGGAAAGGCCUAUUCAUUGCACGUCUCAAGAAUGGCAGCACGUUUUCGCUUCCUCCGCAAAAUUGUGUCCAGUGCUCCUGUUGGAGCCCGAGGAUUCGCUUCAGACGUCCAGAAAGUCACACUCAUUCCUGGAGAUGGCAUUGGACCAGAAAUCUCAGCUGCUGUCCAGAAGAUUUUCGAAGCGGCUAAAGUUCCUAUUGAAUGGGAAUCCGUGGACGUUACUCCAGUGCGGUAUCCGGACGGAAAAUUUGGAAUCCCUCCUAAAGCCAUUGAGAGUGUCAAUCGCAACAAGAUCGGUCUUAAAGGGCCUCUAAUGACACCCGUAGGCAAGGGACAUCGUUCUCUUAAUCUCGCUCUGCGCAAGGAAUUCAAUCUCUAUGCAAAUGUAAGGCCCUGUCGCAGUCUAGAAGGCUAUAAGACCCUCUAUGAUGAUGUGGACGUUGUGACCAUUCGUGAGAACACGGAGGGCGAAUACUCAGGAAUUGAACACGAAAUUGUGGACGGAGUUGUGCAGAGUAUUAAGCUAAUCACUGAAGAUGCUUCGAGGCGAGUGGCUGAAUUUGCCUUCCAGUACGCAAAGGACAAUAACAGAAGCAAGGUGACGGCUGUACACAAAGCCAAUAUUAUGCGCAUGUCUGACGGUCUUUUCUUGCGGAUGUGUCGUGAGAGUGCUGAGAAAUAUCCGGAGGUGAAGUUCGAGGAGCGCUACUUAGAUACAGUUUGCCUCAAUAUGGUGCAGGAUCCACGUAAGUACGACGUCCUGGUGAUGCCGAAUCUCUAUGGAGACAUCCUCUCGGAUAUGUGCGCUGGUCUUGUGGGUGGUCUGGGUCUCACCCCGUCCGGAAAUAUUGGUCUAAACGGUGCCCUGUUUGAAUCUGUUCAUGGAACUGCUCCAGACAUUGCUGGCAAAGAUCUGGCUAAUCCCACGGCCCUGCUACUGUCGGCCGUGAUGAUGCUGCGUCACAUGAAUCUGAAUAGUCAGGCAGAUGCCAUCCAGAAGGCCUGCUUUGAGGUCAUUAAGGAGAGCAAGUAUCUGACGGGAGAUCUGGGUGGAAAAGCCAAGUGCUCGGAAUUCACCAAUGAAAUCUGCUCCAAAUUGUAAAGUAGAAUUUUGUGUUCUUCUCAAUUUAUUAGUUACCACAGGAAGAAAAAAAACGAAUGAAAUUCUUUGGCGUGACAUCCACGAGUAUUAUAGAAGACAAUGGGAGAAAAAUCUCUCUCGGGAAUAGUUGAAGACCUUAAGCAAAAAAAAAGUCCUUAUUGUUUUGAUAAGAUUAAAACAACAAAUACUAUAUUUUAUUUAUCAUUUUAUUCACCCUUUUUCUCUCUCUUUCUCUAGAGAGUAAUUUCUAUGACUCAUUUCAUUCUUUUUCUGCUCCUUUUAUUUUAAAAUAUUCCUGUUACUUAAAAAUUGCUUCAAUUUGUUUUGCAUCGAAGCAAUAAAAUCUAGGAAAAAACUCAACUCUGGCAUCUUGGACUUGUAUUGGUUUUGUUUUGAAUGAACUUUACAAGAUUACGAGAGUUGUUAGUUGGACAAAUAUUAUUUAUUUAAUCUGCAAGAAUUUACUAAGAGUAGCAAAAGAAAUGGCUUUAGAUAGAAAUAUAUUCUAUUUGUGUGAGACGAUAAAAUAAAAAUCAAAUUGUUAUUUAUUGAUUUUACACUAAAUAAAAAAAAUAUAGGCUCUAUGACAGAAAUAUAUUAAAAACUGUAUUUAUGCCAAAAGAACUCAAAAAAUCGUUUGAAAAACCAAUAAAAAAAGAGAGAAAAAAUCA